AUGGCCAAGUACAGGAUGCAAGUGGCAGUGCCUUGGGAUGGCAUGACACCUGAUUCCCGUGGGUCGCCGGAUGCUGAUAUAAACUCACGGAUUUUGUCCAAGGGUGCCGUGUCGUUCCCGACCAUUGAUUCGAAAGACAAUUUUUGGGAUUUGUUUCUUCUUUUUGACUACGUUUUGCUGACUACACACGUGGCAAAUGAGUGCAUGUUCGGGUUUAUCAAUCGGCUAAAAGUGCCUUUCGGGUACUUUUUUAGUGCCGGGGACUUGCCGUGGUCAAGCGUCGCUGUUGGUAACCCCAUACCCACGAGUUUCGUCCCAUAUUUGGCAUCCGUGUAUGGAGAUCGGAUGAACUUCGUCGAAAGGAUGAUGAAUUUCGGCUUCACCUGGGCCGUGCAAGCCACGAGACAAAGGACCUAUUCCCAGGUGGAACCCAUUGUUCGAGAAGCCUUCAAGUGGAGCCCCGAGGAUCCUUCCAUCCCAGAACUAGAGAAAAACGUCAGCCUCGUGGUGUUGAACCAAGACCAAAGAUUAUUCCAAUACCCCGGUCCAACCAUGCCCAACAUGAUAGAAAUCGGGGGAGCUCACUGUCGACCCCCGAAAAGACUUCCCAAAAACUUGAAAACCUGGUUCGACAAGUCGGGGACGGGGAAUGUGAUCUUUUUCAGCAUGGGAAGUGCUGUUUCCUCCAACAACUUUCCCAAACAAAAGUGGCAAGCCUUUGUGCAAGCUUUCCAGAGGGUCUCUAGAACACUCGAGGUGAGAAUUUUGCUCAAAUGGGACGGACAAGUCGAAGAACUGGCUGAGGAUGCAAAUUUCCUCGUCCUUCCCUGGAUUCCCCAGCAAGACGUGCUCGGGCACCAGAAAGUGAAAUUAUUCAUCACUCACGGGGGUCUGCUCAGCAGUCAGGAGACAACCUUUCAUGCGGUACCCAUCUUGGGGAUCCCAGUGGGUGCGGAUCAGAUGAUGAACCUCAAGAGGAUCUCUGAUGCAGAUGCUGGCAAGAUGUUGCUUUGGGGCGACAUAACAACCCAGAGACUAGUAUCUGACAUCACAGACGUCCUCACAGACCCCAAUAGUUUGUUCCAGAGGAAAAGUGAGAUACCCCAACCCCUCAGGACACAGAAAAGCAUCAGGCACAGGAAGCACAGCAAGCAGGGGGGACCCCCGAAGCUGGGCCAGAAUAAUGGGGUUGGAUCCAUUGAGAGGGGAAAUUCCAUUUCCUGGACUUUCCCGAGCCCGUGUAACGACUUGCUGCAAUCACUUAUCUUCACUGACUUGAGUAGCAAGAGCGACAUUCACAUGAAAGCAAACAUCUGCACAAGGCAUCUCAAAAGAAGAAGUAAAGUGUAA